AUAUGUGCGGUACAUUUGAUGACAUCCAAUUGUAACGGGAUUAAAGUCAUCAUGCUGAGUACUGGAGAUGAAUCGCGAUAUAUCGGCUCAAGUAAAAGUCCUGGGAAAGCUCGCAAAUGAAAUGGCAAAUAUAUCCAUUAAACAGUUAGGAACAAUAAGUUAAAUCAGAUUGCUUAUAAUUGGCGGAAAAUUCUUUGAAUCCAUAUUUCGUAAUGCAGUGGAAAUCUAAGAAAAUUGAGGCAAAGGAUACUACUUUCAAUCCUGACAAUAUUGGUGAUAUCGACUUCGGUAGUGAAGAUCUUGAACAAGAAUUACUUGACUUAUUGCAUGAUGAUCCAACCCUUGAGAUUUCUAAUAAAUCUUCGUCUUUUGAUCAGGAUGAAAAAAACUGUGAUGAAGACGAUGAAUUGUUACUUGCUGAACUAGUAAAAUCAAUGGAAAGUGGGAAAUCUGCUGUACCGAACAGAGCUAAUAAGGUGGAUGAAUUAGAAAUCAACGAAGAUAUUUUCGGCAAUCAAAAGACAAGUACUGGUAGUACUUCCAAGCCGCCUCAUCAAAUAUCGGGGUUCGAAGGAAGUGAUUUUGGAUCGUCAUUGCUGAGUUCUCCAAGAAACAGUGGUCUGACAACGAAUUCAAAGAACGGGACAAAUUGUGAUAACGACGAUGAAUUGUUACUUGCUGAACUAGUAAAAUCAAUGGAAAGUGGGAAAUCACCUGUAUCGAACAGAGCUAAUAAGAUGGAUGAAUUAGAAGUCAACGAAGAAGAUAUUUUUGAUGAUCAUAAAAUAAGUACUAGUAAUACAUCCAACAGUGGUUCAGUGACAAAUCCAAAGGUACCUUCAAAUAAUAAUGCUUUGGGAAAUAGUUCAGGAAGUACUUUAAAACCGACUGCCGCUGAUGUAAAACCUGAUAUUCGUCAAGCUGUAUUGGAUUAUAUCAAUCCAAAAACUUCUAAUUCUGGUCUAGAUUUAUUGAAAAAUCGUCAUAAAGAAUACAAAUUAGCUGCUUUGAAAGCUCGGGAUACAGGCCAACUAAGGAAAGCAAAAGAAUUAUUGGAAGCAUCAAAAUGUAUUGGAGAAGCUAUCGUGAAUAUAGAAGCUGGCAAAGAAACAUUCGAUCCAGAGAAUGACUUACCUCCUCCGCCAUCGGAGUAUGAAUUCUCUAAUGAGGGGGAUCCAAACAAUGAAACUGUGAUCGCUCAGCCACCACCUUCAUCUCAGCCUGUAAAAUCGACUAUACCAGAUAUUAUGAAAACGUCUAUUGUUUGCACAGAAAAUAUCUUAGCUCGUAUAACCUACUAUAAAGAAAAAUUAAAGGAAAUAACCAACGAUGACUCAAAGAAACGUCGUUACAAUCGUAUUCUCACACGGUAUGAUGAAGGACUGAGAGCUUGUGAACAUGGAGUUACUUCGUUUGAAUUUGAAGAGUUGGUCCCACCUCCAGGUUAUCCUCCACUUACUGAUCGUUCUAAAUUAAGUAAAAAUGUAAAAUUAUCUAACAAUGAUCCAAAAACAUCUCUUGCAAAACCUAGCUCUGGGCAUCCAAUAAAAAAUAAAACGGAAGCAAUUGUUGAACUAUUAACUAAACGUCAAGAUGAGUUGAAACAAGCCGCUAAAGCUGCAAAACAAUCUGGUAAUAUUGAAUUGGCUAAAACGUACAUACGAUCGGUUCUUGGAAUGAAUCAAAUGAUACAAGCUGCUGAAGCUGGCUUACCAAUAGAUUUAACUCAGUUACCACGGCCACCUGCACUUACUGAUUCUAAUCCAUCUAGACCUAUAUUAAGUGGAUUAAAAUGUGAUCCACCUGUAAAGUAUGCCGUUGCUUUUAAUUCUUUAUCAGGUGAUCAAUUAUUUAAAACAUACUCAGAAAUUUUAUCAGAACAAGAACAACUAAUUAACAAUUUAAUAAAUCAACAUCGUCGUAAUGGCGGUGCUAAUGCACAUUCGAUAUUAUCGAAAUUAUCUGAUUUACUUAGUGUGAAUACGUGUAUCAAGAAAUUAUUAUCUAAAUACAAUCAACAUGUAUCUAAUUUAACCGCAUAUUUUGAAUAUGCCAAUUUGCCUAAAUGUAAUUUGAAUGCUGAAUUAGCGGAUGAUAUACUUGAAGUUAGUAAUAUUCAUGGUAUAGCUUAUCCACUUCCAUCACAUUAUUCAAAUAUUGAUACUUAUGUUGAAGUUGAAUUCAGUUUAAAUAAUGCCAAUCCACCAAUGAAGUUAUCUACCAAUGUAGUUAAAUCAAGUAGUGAACCAAUAUAUAGUCAAUCAGUUAAAGAAUUUCGUGUAAAUACAAAAAGUCAUUCAUAUAGACGAUUUGUUCAGAAUAAUCGUUGUCUAAAAGCAACAAAGCACUUAUGUAACUAUUUGCCGACUCUGGGACUGGUUAGAAAAAGCGAAGAGGUGGUCAGUAUAUGACAUGGUGUCGUGGCAUGAAAGAAAGUUGCAAAGCACUGGCUUGUGUUGGUCCUUCACGACUCCCUGGUUGGGGUCCGAGAGAUGGCGCUACACAGUGGCUAGAGACGUUAUCAGAUAUGGUUCAGAAUAGAAGCCAGUGGCGAUCCUGCUGUAACCUUCUUUUACUUUUCUCAUAAAAAACUGGUUGUCUCUUCCUUAACUGAAAGAUUUCUUCUGAUUGUACCUUUCCGUCCCCCCAUUAUUACUAUUAUUAUUACACUACUUUACUCCAACCUCUUCGUUAUUGUUCUCUUUUUUUUACGCUCCUUACCUAUUUUCUUUUUCCUUCUCUUUAAAUUCUCAUUGUUUUGUUUGGCGCAUAUAUAUUUGGCGCUCUCUUGUACUAAUAUCUAUGUGUUCAAAUAAAUAAAUUGUAAAUUUCAAUUCUUUAUUACUGUCUUUGUAAUCUUUAUGAUGAACAAAAAUUGGAAAACUAGACAAUAUAUGAUCGGGAAUCUUCGGUUUUUCAUUUUUUUUCCCAAAAUGAUAUGUAUUAUAUGUAAUGAAACUUAUAUUUAUUCUUUAAAAGUGUAAAUUUUCUUUUCAAUUUUGUUUGUCACAUUUUCUUAUUGGUACCGUUUAACUUGAAAUAUCAUAAGAAGAAUCUUAUUCAACGUGACAACUCAUUUAUCUUGAUUGACUUUGCCUCUUAAUUAGUUAAUUCAAAACUGAAAAACUAUUCAAAUGCCAUUUGACAUAGUGUUGUGGAUGCGGAGGAAUAGACCAAUAAUUAUCAUGUUAAGUCCAAUGGUGUCCUUGGACUUUAAAUGGACAUUGCCUAUUGGUCGAUAUCUGUUCACUUGUUAAAUAUUGUACAAAAUGUUGUUUUCUAUUUUAUGGUACGAUGUGGUGUGCUUGAUUGGUAUAUAAAGAAAGUAUGUUUGAAAUAUAAUGAUUCAUAUCUCCGAGGCUGUGGUUUGUCUUCUGGACUCAACUAACUGGGCUAGACAGGGAAGCAGGACCAAUCAGGGCACUAGGUCGUCCCUUACGUGUUUUCCGUGUCACUCUCACCGAAUCGAUCAAUAAACGCUGCUUAUCAAGACCUGCAGUCACACCCGUCAUAACACAUAGGAUCACCUAUAGAUGAAUAAUUUUAAUUCAUUUUGAUUCAUAUCUUGUUGUGUUGAAAUAUUAUAACAAGAAACAUUUAAAAUUUCAUUUUUAUUCUGUUCUCAGGUAUAUUACAAUCGUG